GACCUGUCUGUGCACCAUCACCCAGUUUCCUCCAGUGCUGGUCUACUCUGAUGGAUCAGCAUGUCUACCAGUAAUAAUAUCGCCCAGGCCAGGAAACUGGUGGAACAGCUGAGGAUUGAGGCAGGGAUCGAACGCAUCAAGGUGUCUAAAGCAGCAGCAGACCUAAUGAGUUACUGUGAGCAGCACGCUCGUAGCGACGCUCUGCUGGUCGGGGUUCCCACCUCUGAAAACCCGUUCAAGGACAAGAAACCCUGCAUCAUCCUAUAGCUGCGCUCUACUCCUCCUGCCCACACACACACACUCACACAGAAACACCCACAUAGACACACACAAACAAACAUACACUCAGUACCAUAAAUUGACCCCCAGACGCACACAUGCAAACACACAACUUCA